AUGAUGUUCCCAUCCCCACAGUUAGUCGAAGAGUGGGAGAAAGGGAGAACAAGGCAGAGUAAAGAAGAAGGCAAGAAAGCAGAUGUUAAGAAGAUGGAGAAGAAGAGAGAAACAUCAGUGGAUUCUAGGCUUCAAAGGAUACAUGCAGAAAUUAAGAACUCCCUGAAAAUUGAUAAUCUUGAUGUGGACAGGUGUAUUGAGGCUCUUGAUGAGCUUGCAUCUCUUCAAGUCACAAUGCAGCAAGCUCAGAAACAUACAGAGAUGAUUCUUACUCUAAAGAAGAUACGGAAAUUCAAAGAUAGCCAAGUUAUCAUGGAGAAAUCUACAAUGCUGUAUAAUAAGUUCAAGACCAUGUUUCUGGUUGGGGAAGGAGAUUCUAUUCUUUCCCAAGUACUGAAUAAAUCACUUGCUGAGCAGAAGCAGCACGAGGAAGCCAACAAAACCAAAGAACAGUGGAAGAAAGGAGCAAUCAAAAAAACAGAGAAGGAAAAGGACCAAACAGGUUCAAAGCAUGUGAAUGGAGGAUCUGAAGAUGCAGACACCAGCCAGUCACCACAUUAUGAAGAGAAUGCUGAAGAAAAGAAAGAUAAGCAUGGAGGCUGCAAGAAGAAAAG